UGUGCUUUGACUUGUGAAGUCAAGCAGUGGUAUGCUAUGCUACUUGCUCAAGAAGAACGAAAUUGAAGUUUUGUUCUCAUAAGAUUGAUGGACAUACCAAAUUAUCAAUCUUUCUUCUCGUUCAAUAGAAAAUAAAGAAAACCCAGUUCAAGUUUCUUUUAAACUCAUUCUUGCUUGAUCUGGAUCAGUUUUAACAUUCAAUUUCUAGCAUCUGAGAUUGUGGUGAUGGAGGAGGCAGCCAGGAAUCCCAUAAUCACUGUCGUUUUAGAGGUUGGAAUGCAUUGUGAAGGCUGUGCUUCUGAAAUUGUCCACUCUGCUCGCGGCCUCAAAGGUGUAGAAAGAGUGAAAGUAAACAUAGAUUCAAACGAGUUGAUUGUAGUUGGUCAAGUGGAUCCAUUACAGAUUCAAGAAGAUCUUAGCCGCAAGAUCAAGAAGAAGGUAGAGCUUGUCUCUCCUCAGCCCAAGAAUGGUGAGACCAUCACCACCCUAACUGAUAAAAAUGGCAAGCAGUCAAAUGAAGAAAGGUUGUGUAUUGACAAGGCAUCUUCUCAUCCCAAGAAUGAAGAUACAACCACUGGCAACAAAGAUUACGAUAAGAAAUCUAAUGAUAAAAACCCAGAUAUUAUUCAUGACAAACCAAAAGAGGCUGUGGUGACAACAACAUUAGUACUCAAGUUAGGACACUACUGCCAGGGAUGUAGCUCGAAGAUUCGUAAGACUGUCUUAAACACAAAAGGCGUGCUAGAUAUGGCAGUGGAUGAAGCGAAUGAAAUUGUUACAAUCAAAGGAAGCAUGGACGCAAAGUUGUUGGUGAAUAUAGUUUCACAGAGACUUAAUAUGCCUCUUAAUAUAGUUUCACUUACAGAAGAGGAAUAUAGUACUAGCAAUGGUGAAGACAGUGAGAAAGUAAGCGACCAUGAGAAGAAAGGUAGCGAGCAGGAGAAUGGGAGCGAUGAUACUGAAAUGAAAGGGAGCAUAAUGGAGUUGGAACCACAAACGGCUUCGGCAACAAUGGCAGUAUUCAAGGUGCCACUUCAUUGCGAUGGAUGCACCAAGAAAAUUCGUAAAAUUAUCAGUAGAAUCAGAGGAGUACUUGAGGUGAGAAUUAACAGGGAGGAGGAAACUGUAACAGUCAUAUCAACCAUUGAUGGGAAGGCAUUGACCGAGACCAUGAAGAAGAGAUUGAAGAAACUUGUAGAUGAGAAGAAGAUAGAAAUAAGAAAAGAUGCAGAAGUGAUAAAAGCUACAAGCCAAUAUACAUUUGACAAUAAAGCUCCCAAACAACAAAGCAGUCUACAGCCAGCUCUUCAACUUUCAGAGCAGCAAUCAGAAAUUAUUGAAAUUAUUUCCGUUCAUGAUUUAAAUGAUGAAGACAUGAAACGGCACGAAAGCCCGGUUAGCUCAUCAGGAAGUGCUCUCACUAAACUUGAUUUGGAAAUUGGAGAGAGCUUAUCUACAAGCGAAACAGCAGAAUGGGCUUUUCUAAUCAUGAGCUUACUUUUAGAGGGUGUCUCAGCUGUUCUUGAUCAACUAGGUCGUCUAUUAGGAAGCAUGCUGCUGGCAUUUGCGGCUUUACUUCUCUCUACUGUUGAAUUAAUUUAUAUGGCUCGACGGGAAGGACAGAUUGCAUUUGAUAGGAGGAGCGAAUUGCCAUGCUAUUUCUGUCACUUAAAAGAUAAAACUCCAACUAGUGAACUUUUCUCAGUUAUUCAUUGUUUUGCAUUAACAUGUGCUGUCUGGCAGUGCCUUUUCUCAACGGUUCAGUAUAUAUAUGCUCUCCGCCAUUUAGAUAAUCCCAUCAAAAUGAGUCUUCUACCUUUCAUCUUCCUCGUGUGUGUGCUUAUUUCCAAAUCAAUCAGGAAGAUGGAGAAGAUCAAUUGUCAAAAUCUGAAUACAGCUAGGACUAAAGUCAAGCCCGAAUCAGAUGUUAGUCAAUGUGGAGAUGUACGUUUAUCACCUGGACUCAAGAGGAUGGAGCAGAAUGGUCAAGCUUUGAAGAUCGUGGAGACUAAAACUCAGGUUCCAUCAAAUGCUAGUGAACCUGUAGAUAUAGAAGUCCUUCAUUUUGGGGGUAGUGAGGGAGGUGAGACAGAAAUUGAAGUGGAGGUAGCUGAUGAAAAUGAGAGUGAUAGUGAAGAGAAAGAUGGAGUAUGAAGAAGAGAAAGAUGACAAAACUGAUGAAAAUGACAACGAUGAGGAUUCUGAUCCAGAAUAUGAAACUGAGAUGAUUAUGGAAAGUAGAAAGAAAGUGAACCAUGAUGUGGAUAUGGAAAUGACUUUACAUGGACAAGUUUUUGAUGGAAUUAAUUGCCGGAGGAACUAAUAUAUGGACUUUUAUGGUCAAUUAUGUUACUGAGGAGUAAAUUGCCUGAUUAGGGAUUAUUUUUUAUGUAAAUCAAGUUAAAUAGAUUUUUCUUUUUUAUGUUGAAACGUAAUAUAUUCUAUACUUCCAAACCUGUUAAGCAAUAUGUAUAUGCUUAAUGACUACUAGCUGACGUAGUCCUGUGGCCUUUAUUAUAUGUCCUCUAGAUCUGUGUAUUUCAUAUAUUUUUCUUGAUCUUCUAAGAAAACAAAAAGACAAUGAAGUUAUGUGGAAAUUUCUUUGCU